CCGCUCUCACAUUUCAAUUCCAAACAAGCUGAUGAUUUCCACACAGACACAGUGAGAGAUAUAGUCAUAUAUAUAUAGUGAGAGAGAGAGAGAGAGAAUUUCUACACGCAUAGAGAGAUAUGGAGGAAGUUUCAACGGGGGCUGUAGUCCCCGCGGUGGUGAAGCCAUCUCCGGACACACCAAAGCGAUCGCCAUCCCCAGCCGCGGCGGCGGCGGCGGCAGUAUUAACUCGUGCUGAAAAAGAAGCCGGCGUUGAACAGUGGGACGAGCUGGACAAGGAUUUUCUGUGUCCGAUAUGCAUGCAGAUGAUCAAAGACGCGUUUCUCACAGCUUGCGGCCACAGCUUCUGCUACAUGUGCAUCGUCACCCAUCUUCGCCACAAGAGCGAUUGCCCUUGCUGUUCACAGCCCCUCACCAUCCAAAACUUGUUCCCCAACUUCUUGCUCGACAAGCUACUGAAGAAGGCUUCUGCUCAACAAAUAUCAAAAACUGCUUCUCCUGUGGAACAUCUUCGUCAUUCAUUACAACAGGGUUGUGAAGUAUCAAUUAAGGAGCUAGACACCCUCUUAUUGCUCCUUACAGAGAAGAAGAGAAAAAUGGAACAAGAAGAAGCCGAGAGAAAUAUGCAAAUACUGAUGACCUUCUUGCACUGUUUAAGGAAGCAAAAAGUUGAUGAGCUGAAUGAGGUACAAACUGAUCUCCAGUUUAUUAAAGAAGACGUAACUGCUGUAGAGAGACAUAGAAUGGAGUUGUAUCGUACAAGGGACAGGUAUUCUGUGAAACUGCGUAUGCUUGGAGAUGAUUCUAGUGUGAGAAAACCGUGGCCAUCAUCAAUAGAUAAGAACACCAGUGAGCUUAGCUCUGGUUCACUAAAUGCACGUAAGGGGUUGGCUACAUGGAAUCUUCAAAAUAAGAAAGUAGACGGAAAGUCUCAUGUAAUCUCUCACGGACUACAGAAAAAGGAUGCUUUAAGUGGAUCAGACUCACAGUUCAUCAACCAAUCCAGUUCAUCUGUAGCAAGAAAAAAGCGGGUCCAUGCACAGUUCAAUGACCUACAAGAGUGUUACCUACAAAAGCGACGUCAAUUGGCAAACAAACCACAUAACCAGCUAGAAAAGGAUAAAAGUAUUAUACCGAGAGAGGGUUAUAACGCUGGCCUUGCAGAUUUCCAAUCAGUGUUGUCUACCUUCACUCAGUACAGUCGAUUGAGGGUCAUAGCUGAACUUAGGAAUGGGGAUCUAUUCCACUCAGCCAAUAUAGUAUCAAGCAUUGAAUUUGACCGUGAUGAUGAGUUGUUUGCUACCGCUGGAGUUUCUCGGUGCAUAAAAGUUUUUGACUUCUCCACGGUUGUGAAUGAACCUACUAAUAUGCACUAUCCUGUUGUGGAGAUGUCAACACGUUCAAAACUAAGUUGCUUGAGUUGGAACAACUUUGAUAAGAACUACAUUGCUAGUAGCGAUUAUGAGGGAAUUGUGACGGUUUGGGAUGUAAAUACUCGGCAGAGUGUGAUGGAGUAUGAAGAGCAUGAAAAACGUGCAUGGAGUGUUGAUUUUUCACGUACAGAACCAUCAAUGCUUGUAUCUGGUAGUGAUGAUUAUAAGGUCAAAGUUUGGUGCACAAAGCAUGAAGCUAGCGUUCUUAAUAUUGAUAUGAAAGCAAAUAUAUGCUGUGUCAAAUAUAAUCCUGGAUCUAGCAAUUACAUUGCGGUUGGUUCAGCAGAUCAUCAAAUCCACUAUUAUGAUUUAAGAAACAUCAGUCAUCCAGUCCAUGUAUUCAGUGGGCACAGGAAAGCUGUUUCAUAUGUGAAAUUCUUAUCAAACAAUGAGCUUGCUUCUGCUUCUACAGACAGCACAUUACGGUUAUGGGAUGUGAAGGAAAAUUUGCCAGUUCGUACCUUUAGAGGACACACAAAUGAGAAAAACUUUGUUGGCCUUACAGUAAAUAGCGAAUACAUUGCAUGUGGCAGUGAGACAAAUGAAGUAUUUGUCUACCAUAAGGAAAUCUCCAGGCCUGUGACUCGGCAUAGAUUUGGUUCUCCCGAUUUGGAUGAUGCAGAUGAUGAUAUGGCAUCUUAUUUUAUUAGUGCUGUAUGCUGGAAGAGCGAUAGCCCUACCAUGCUAACUGCUAAUAGUCAGGGCACGAUUAAGGUGUUAGUUCUUGUGGCUUGAGAAGUUAGAGGGAAAGAUCAGCAUACUAUGAGAGCAGCAGUGAAAUUAAGCUGAAAAUAUCUGUUUUACAUCUCAAUGUAAUGUUUCUUUUUUUGUAUAUGUCAUUCUUUUUUGCUAAAUGUAUAUGUCAUUUAAAUGUGGAGAUUGGUAGGUUUUAGAGGCCAUGGUUGUGUAAAAUUUAUUAUUUAUAGGUCAAAGGUAGUGCAGCUGAAAUUAUAUUUGCCCAAGCCA